UAUUUUUUGUCCAUACAGUAUGUUACUGAAUAUUCAACAGUCCAUUUGGUGUGGUGACCUACUUCCUUCUUAAGCCAUGUGAAAGGCCAGAGGACAAGAUCUGAAAGGAGAAGUAACCAUUAUUAGUGACAUUUAUUAACAAAACUCACACUGGAGAUGGUAAAAUAUUUCUUCACAUAUUGUCUGUGGCAGUUCUGAAUGCUCAGUGAAAGGUAAAUUAACUUCUUUUCUUGUUUUUAAAAGUAAUUGAUCUGACAAGCGAACAGAGUGUGACGACAACAAGCUUCACUGACCAAGAAGACACAAGCGUGGAUGUUGAUGUUUAAAUCAGCACGAUCAGGGAUUUUGCUGCAUCAGUUGCUGUGUUUGGCACUUUAAUAUUAGUGCAUCUGUGUGUCUCUGGAUUUUAAUGUGUAAAUCUUGCUCACUUGGACAUGAAAAUUAUUUGGGAGCAUCAAAUGAUGGAUAAGUCAGUCUGUAACACAUCCAAUGGAAAACCUACUAUUCCACCAAAACCAAACCUUAAUGCUUCACACCAAUCAAGCCAAUUUGGUUCCUCUAGCAGAGUGGCUCAUGUUUUGCGUAACUUUGAACAAGGAACAAGCAAGCAAACGGCAGUAAACUACAACAGUAAAGUAAGAAGAAAUAUGAGCCAAGAUGGAAGGUCUGUAGUAGUUGGAGCUAGAUUGUCAUGUCCACCCAGGACAAAGGACCAAACAGAGGAUAUAUCUUCAUUUUCAAGACUCAGAAAAAGUGGACAGAUGCUGGAGGAAAGAAAUCUUCAACUAGCCGUAAAUGAUGUGGAUGUGAGUCGAUCAGCUCCUGAUGGCAGUGAGGUGAAUAAUGUGAGUAGCACCAUAGAGAAUCAUCAGGGCUCAACUACGCCUCCUACCCACUCAGAGGAGAAACACUGUCAUUGCCUCUGCCAUCUUCAAAGGCCUGGUAUGAAACUGGUCUGGGUACCUUUACACAAAGAGAAAAAUGACAUGGAUACUGUAAUUGAAAAGAAUCACAAACAGCGAAACAGAGAAAGUCAGAGGAAUAAGGAUGUUUUACACCAAACCAGCAAUGAAGUCAGUUGUCCACAGAACAGCCCAUCUCCCAAUUCAAAACCCAAAGUGGUUCCUCCAUGUAUAAAUUGUCAAAGCUUUCUACUUCACCACAGCCCUCACAAAUUAGCAGAAAAUGGAUUUGCAUAUGCUGAUGAGUCAAUUCAAAACUCCAAACCCCCUUUACCACCAAGGACUUAUCAGUCAUCUGAGUAUCAAAAUACCCAACAGUAUGCACAGCUGGAGCACACCGAUGCCAAUAUAUAUUUGGAUAUUUUGCCAUCAAAUGACAAUAAAGUUACCCCUCCCGCUGUUCCCCCUCGACCUCCCCCACGAGUUCCUUUACAUCCUCCAUCCCACCAAAAGACAAAGAAACGGUCUUCCCAGCCAGUGCUGGCAUGUGUAGUCUCUCUUCGAGGCGGCGGUCUACCAAUCAGAAACACCAGCAGCAGUAAGAAUGGAAAAUUGUCUCGCCCCAUAUCUAUGCCAAACCCAUCAGGUGAGAGCUAUGAAAAUGGCGAUUUUGAAGAGUGGGAGUCUAUUGACAUGGAUGCGAUGUGUGACAAAACAGGAAGCCCACGGAGAAUCUCAAGUGACUGGGAGCCAAACAGUGACUACGAACCUCUAUAUCAGAUCUACCAGGCAAAGGUCUUGAAAGAAGCCAGUCAGAUCCAGUCUGAUAGCCCUGACUGCAACAGGAGGAGUGUUAGUGAAACCCUGGGUCUUGAGGGUCCCGGAGGGCUGGGGAUGGUUGGCACCCGAUCCAGGAGAGGCCCUGAAGAGAUUACACUCUGGCAGGAUUUACCAGUCGUGAAGGAAAGUGGAGUGUUACAUAAACUCACUCGCACUGAAAAACAGAGACAAGAGAGUAUGUUUGAGGUGCUCACCUCUGAGGCCUCCUACCUGCGCUCCUUGCGUGUUCUGAAGGAUCACUUCCUGGGGUCACGGGAACUCAAUGAGACUCUGGUCAUUCAUGAUAGGAAGGCCCUCUUUUCCAACCUCUUGCAGGUCUAUGAAAUCAGUGAGAGGUUUAUAGGGGAUCUGCUGAAGCGAGUAGAUGAGAGUGUGGUGAUAUCUGACUUGUGUGACAUCAUUUAUGAGCACUCAGAGAACCAUUUCUCAGUCUUUAUUGAUUAUGUCCGAAAUCAGCAGUACCAAGAGAAGACCUACAGCAGACUGAUGGAGAGUAACAGAGAUUUUUCUCUUGUGAUGAGGCGGCUAGAGUCAUCUCCACUCUGUAAACGUCUGCCUUUCACAUCCUUUAUGCUUCUGCCCUUUCAGCGAAUCACACGCAUCAAAAUCCUUAUACAGAAUAUUCAAAAGCGCACUGCAAAGGGCACUAAAGAGGAGGAAACAGCUUCCAAGGCUCUGGCUUCAGUGUCUAAGCUAAUCACGCAGGCAAACACCCAGGUGGGGCAGAUGAAACAGAUGGAGGAGCUCAUUCAAAUCUCUAACAAGCUGGAGUUUGACAAACUCAAGGCCAUUCCAAUUGUUUCUAAAACACGCUGUCUAGAAAAACAGGGAGAACUACAAGUGCUGUGUAAAAGAGGAUCUCUAUUCAGCAUCCGCAGCAAAUGUACCCCCGUGUACAUGUUCCUCUUCAAUGACCUUCUCAUUCUUACCACAAAGAAAAGUGGCUGUCCAGACCGCUUUGUGGUGAUCGAUCAUGCUCAUCGGUCUCUGGUUCAGGUACAAGCCACAGAAAACAAUCUUGGACAACACUUGGAUCACUGUUUCUGUUUGACCCUCCUGGAAAACCAUCGGGGUAGCACCUGUGAACACUUGCUCAAGGCUAAUACAGAGUCAGAUAUGCAUAGGUGGAUGGCUGCUUUCCCAUCGAUUAAAGCAGCACUCGGGGAGGAAAAGAUUUAUGAGGACUGGGACUGUCCUCAAGUGCAGUGUAUCAGUCAUUAUGUAGCAAAACAGGCAGACGAGCUUAGUCUGGAGCCAUCUGAUGUCAUCAAUGUGCUGCGCAAAACCAGUGAAGGUUGGUAUGAAGGUAUGCGUCUCUCUGAUGGAAAGAAGGGCUGGUUUCCAGCAGAGAAUACAUUUGAAGUAACCACUGAUCACCAGAGACGGCGGAACGUGAGGGAGAAGUACCAAAUCGCACAAGCAACCAGUCUGAACACUCCAAGUUGAUUCUUAUGUCCUUGCUGCUGAUCUUAUUUGCCCUUAGUCUCCAAUAGCUUCCUGUCACUCACCCACACACACACACACACACACACAAAGACUAUGAAAUUGUCUGGCACACACAUUCAUUUCCUAUUGAAGCAGGAAGCUUGGGCUAAUUAGUAAUCCCCUUACUAUCAUUAUCUUUAAUGAACAUCAAGAAGUUUUUAAAAAGGUUCAGAAGGAAGCCUGGAUUGUGACAAAUAAAUUUUAUUGGACAGAUCUGCUGUUGUCAUGAGGUGACUAACAGGACAAGCCCGUUCCAUUAUGCUGUCAGGCUCCAACUUCAGCUCCAUAGACACAGUGCAGGCAAGUUUUUUGCUAGUCUUCUUCAACUUUACUGACACCUAUCGCCUUGGAUAAAGCAUAACACAGAGGUUCUUGAUAAUCAAUGCCUAUGCAGAACACCCUAUUCAAAGGUCACCCAAUACAAUGUUUACCAAUAUGAGUAAAAUUUCUUCAAAAAAAGGGCAGAUUUAGCCUUAGUUAAUACUUCUAGCACAUUUAAUUUCUUUUCAAAAGUAUAAACAAUUACCUUUAGGGGUGUCAUCCUCCAACUGGCAGUGAGUACAUUUUUUGAUCUGUAAGAGUAUAAUGAAUAAAGAAAUUAAUUAAUCUUUAAGCAUGGGUGUACGUAAAGUUAUAUUAAUCUUAACAGCCUAUUAGCCUUUCGGAUAACAGCACUGCAAUUAAGGAUUAUGCACUGUAAUAGUCAGGAUUGCCAAACUGUCUUAGCUGAACCUCUACAAUGUAAAUAAUCCUAAGUACUACUUAAAAAGAAAUGUUAACCUUUCAAUAAAUUAAUGUUAAUGAUAUUACCCUAAUGAUAUUCACCUUCUCCAUACUUCCCAUAUCUUUUGUUACUGAGAGCAAAGGCUGCGUGUUUACAACAGUACUUCAGUCAGUUCAUAUAUCACUUGGUAGAAGGCAAAGUAGGCAAAUACCAAAAUGUGACAUGCCCUGUGACAUGUUUCACAACCAAUGCAUGUUGAGAGAAAUCCUAAUGCCCAAGUAUCAAUCUCAGUAGGUUUUAUACCUGUUAGGAUUGUUAUCUUGUGAGUGUAUGGUCUGUUCCUUACCUUUGCCCUCUGGAUGCCUUGUAUGAGAGUGUGUGUGUGUGUGUUUCAUAGGUAGAAGUGUGGGAGAAUGGGAUGGCAGGUAGAUGGAAAGAGUGCGAUUUCCAUUUUCCGGAUGGACACAGCCAAGUGGAACUCUAAACCCAACAGAAAGACACAAAACUAACUAAUGUACAUAGUGGGAUAUACAAACAAAUAUACUUUAUCAGAUUCAUACAUUUAUACACUUGAACUACAUUUUUUCUGAGGCCUAAAUUUCAAACUUCAAUAAAGAAU